CCGACAUUUAGUUUUUUUUUAUGACGUGCAUGCUGAUUACACAAAUGCAAUAUUGGAAUUUUUAGUGUUAAAGAUAAAAAGAAAAGAGUUUCGAAGCAGCUGUGACUAAUUUCAGUAAGAAGAGAGAUGGUACUGUGAAAAAUGGGUAACCAUAACACCCACGAAAAAGGUUUCUCUGACGGUGGAAGUGGUGCCAGUACCCCCCGAGGGUCAACUAGAGGUGCUCGAUCGGGCUCCAGCGGCGAACUGCAAGGCCACCAGGAAAAGAAUGAAAACCAAACAACCUCUCUAGUACCUAUAGAAAAACUCGGCAAGCUGCUCGCGCAACGUUCCCAGAAGGAAGAUGGAAUUAAUGGCGUCACAGAAAACUGUUUUACAAAAUACCUGUUCCCGAUGUACCCGGAGCUGGCGCGUCAGUUCUACACCUACAUACACAAAAGUGGGAAAUGCAAGAACAAGCACAUCCCCGUGUCGACGUUCAAGCAGCAGUGCGAGAGGAUCCUGGGCAUGCUGGACGACAACAUCAUCAUCGACACCUACGUCAGGAUGUUCAGCUCGGAUCCAGAAGAAGGUGUGGUGACACCAGACGAUUUGAGGAGUCUUCUGUUUAUAAGUUAUAAGCUGUCAAUGGACCACUACCCAGAGGGGCCGCAGACGUGCCUCAUGAUUAAUAAAACGCUCACCGCCGUUGUCAGAGGCUGCUUCAACAAGAAGGACUCUCACAGCGUCGGCUUUGUGGUUCGCUGGCUUGAGGAGCACUGCCACAGACUUAUAUUCCCUGUACACAGAUACUGCGUGCACAUGCUGGCAACGCGGCACCGCGAUAUCGAGGCGCGCGUGCAGGGCAACGGUGCUGGUGACGGGCUGGAACUUGGAACACCCGUUCUGGAGCGCUCCGCCUGGGCCAGCGCCGCCGCCCUUUUGCCUGUGUCGGCGGCCUGGCUGCUGGCGGCCACCGCGCCGCCUCUAUACAGCCGCCCGCUCAAGCCGCCCACACAACCGCACCCGGGCGGCACGAGCGCGUCGGCCGCGUGGCUCGCCCGCCUGGUGUGUGCGCUGCCGUCGCACUGGGCGCCGCUGUACGCGUCGCGCGAGCAUGGCCUAGGCGCCAACCGCUUCCUGCACCACACCCUAGCCUACAGGGGGCCCACGCUGAUAGUGGUGGAGAGCGCGGCGACGGGCGACGAGGGAGUGGCGGAAGGGCUGACGCUCGUGGUGGCGUCGCCCCAAGAGUGGAAGGACACCCACCAGUACUGGGGCGGGCCCGAUUGCGCGCUCAUACAGCUCUACCCCUCAUUCGCCCUAGUGGAGCACGCUCCAAAGAUGAUGUACCUAAAUUCGUGCAUACGCGGCUACCCCAAAGGUCUGAGAGCCGGUUCGGACCCUCGGAAACCCCUGCUGGCCAUCAGCGAGGGUUUCGACUCCUUCACCUUCAAGGGUGUGCCCUACCCCCUUAGUGCUAUUGAGGUGUGGGGUUGCGGGGAGCAGUCACUGAGAGAAUCACAGUUGGAAGUCAAGAAAUGGCAAGUGAAGGAGGCUGAAAGGCAACGACAGGUAAAAAUAUCAGCGGCAGACUGGAUAGAACACCCCGACAGAUAUCUGCUGGAGCUGGCGGGCCGGCCCCAGUACAACAACUCGUCCAAGUAGCACGGAGCUGGGGCAACUGCGUGCACUCCAUACGCGCAAAGAAGCACUGCCUACCCUAAGGCUGCCCACACACACGUCAAUAUGCUUUACAAUAUUCUGUAUAUUGACUAUAAUAUUGCAUGUGUGAGGGGCGUAUUGAAGAGUUGAAGUAUUGGUAAAAAAUAUUGGCAUCAUUUAUAUUGUCAAUAAUAUUGAUUAACGGCACGGGUCACCGUCCAAAAUGGAAAGAGUCCAUUUUGGGAGGUGACCCGUGCCCUGUAGUGAGCUUGAGUUUGACUUUGUGGGGGCGCCUAAGGCUAGUUUCACACGGCAUUGUAUUACAUUCAUCGACGUUUUUCAAGUCGAAUAAUAUGUCCACUAUAUUUUGUACUUACUAUAGAUUUGAGCAUUUAGUACUUAACCCAAAGAUGCAUUUUAUUGUAAAAAUUAUACCGCCAAAAAUUUUAAUGUGAAAAAAGCACCAAGUCAAAUUUGUUAAAGAGGAUGUGAGGGACUGUCGAUAUUGAUAUCCAAAUGAGUGCCAAUUUCUAUACAAGUUCAUUGAAAUCAUAGCCAGAGGAAUGCGCAACUUUCUUCCACUGUUUUAAUAGUUAUUUAUGCAACUAUUACGUAAUGAGUGUGUUUAAAAUGCCUUAUCUUAUACAAUCAAUCUUGCAUACAGAUGUAUUUUCAUUUGUAUACAAGAUUUAUAAUAAUUUAGAUAGAAGAAAACAAUAUUAUAAUGUAACUACUUAGAUUUUGGUGAAUAUGAAUAUUUUCAUAGAACAUCAGUUGGAGUAUUCUAAAAUCAGAUAGUAAAUUAGAAAAUACUCUCACUGACGUGACAUUGUCUACCAACGUUUACUUAUUCGAUCGUGGAAAUGUUAUAUAAAAGUAAAAGUAGUCAAGAAAAUUAAAUUUCUAAAGUUAUAGUCUAUGGUAUCGUAUGAGCGCCAUAUAGUAACGACACUGAAAAACAGUUAUAAACAAAUAAAGAUAAAGGAAAGACAUUAACCAUAGAAAAAAAUCGCUUGUGUCGUGUUAAAACUCUUGUUAAAAAUACCCUUUUUACGUAACAGUUAAAUAAAUAAUUUCUUUUUAAAUAAUGCGAAUAUAAUUGUCAGUUAUAACCUAUUCAUUAAAGAAAAUAGAGAUUGCAAUAUUGUACGAUUGAGAUGCUACGUGAUUUAGAAAUCUAUUCUUUAAGAGCGCGAGUUAUACAAGUAUAUUUUGCCUUUAUAUCAAAACUGUUUCAACUCAAAAAGAAACAAAUUAAGAAAAAAUCAUUUUUAAUGAUUUAUAACUUAAAAUAAAUUGCUGCAGAAAUAUUAAGAAUAUCGCUGUAGACGAAAUCACCACAAGGCGGUAGAAUCACUAACAAAAAACACAAACAGACAGACUACAUCAAAUAAAUGAAUGAAUACACUUAUAUUGUACAAUAUAAUAUUCAUUCAUUCAUUUAUUUCACGUACCACAUAAACAUACCGAAAAAUUGUAUAUAAAAAAAUUUAUUAUAAAUUUUGAAUUUAAACCCGAAUCAGAAAAUGUGGUAAAAGGGUUAUUUUUUUAACAGCUUUAAUAUACAGGUGCGAUUAACUGUCCAAUAUUAAAUAAAAUGCAAGCUCAAGAAUUAACUUUACGAGUUUCACACAUAAAUGUAUUUACAUUAAGGAGCCUGUGCAGCUCAAAUCUAUUAUUAGUAAGUAAAUACAAUUAUAGUUCCAAAAAUCCGCAUUGUUUAAAAAAAUACAGACAAUUUAAAAAAAAAACAUGCCAAUAAACAAAGCUACGACAAAUUUUACCUUCCGAUCGUACAAAAUAUAAAAUGAAAAGAUUAAUAACACAACAGUGUUGUACUACUUUUGAUGCUCAAUGUUUUUCGUACGAAAGCAGCGAAAGCCGUUAUAACACGUUAUAUUUAGUAAGGUAAUUUAAAAUAUAUAGGUAGGCCUAUUAAUAUCUCAGAUUUUAUUUGCGUAUUUGUGCAUUUGUUAUCACAUUAUUCUAGUGCACAAUUAAUACUAUUAUUAAAAUAGUUUAAAACUUUUUAAACGAAAUUAUAAUGUGACCUAUUUGACAUUUUUUUGUAUUGACGACAUUGAUACUUAUCGGUCAAGUAACCACGAAGAAAGGUGUGUGAAAAUUGUCACAAAAUCGAGAACUUCCGCCUUUUUUGAAGACAGUGAUAAUAAAUGAUGGAAGUAAAUUUACGAAAUUGUGUAGUCAAAUUUUUGAAAUUUAAAUGAAAUAUAUUCAAGCACAUUAACAUGUUAAACGACUUAGUAACCACGGUUCCAUCGGUGUACAUAUUAUGCAAAAAUCGCAUCGAAUUGAGAACUUCCGCUACUUCAGAAGUCGGUUGAACUAAAUUGAAGAAAAUGUUUAGUUAAAUUUAGUUACUAGAAUAUGUUUUGUUAGCCAUAAUAAAGAGUCAUUUAUGUUAAAAAGACACACUUACAAUUAUCAAUUAGUUAACUUUAUAUUUUGACAUCACUUUUGGAUAUUAUUAAUUUAUUUAAGUUCUAAGGUUGAUGAUUAGUUCAGUUAAUAUAAAUAAUUUUUUAAUGUUACUUUUAUGGACAAAAAGUUUUUCGGAGCAUAAGUUGGUAUGUCACAAAACAAUAUGGUGAAAUUAAAUUUUUAAUUAAUUAAAGUCAAAACUUUAUUCUAUUUUUGGUUGACUUAGAAUGACAUAGAACGCUAAUGACGACUAAUUUACUCCAAUAAAAGUAUUUAUUUUCAAACAUAUAUGAAAAAACCUGACAUCCUUAAUUUAAGAAUGUGGGCAAACUAAAAUGUUGCCCUUCUUAUUAAUUUAUUUCACGUUUCGAUCUAUUUUUGCCGUUGUAACCUUUACAUUUAUUAACCAGGCUUAAUAUUUUUGUAAGACACCUUGUUAAGAUAAGGCCACACUAUUUUAUAAAAUUUCUACAAAAAGUUGUGUAAAAUAAAGAUUUGUACUUUAAAAUGUUUGUUAAAAGUCGCGUAACAUAAAAAUACCACCAAAAAUAUGAAUCCUUGGAUGAAUUCUUGGAGCAAACCACGAGAAGUUCGUGAAUUCUUCAUAUGAGUUUUACCUAUCUAAUGAAAUCGUUAUCAUAACUUACUAUCUUUGGAAAAAAAAUCAUAUUUUAUACUACAAGUAGUAGAUUUAUGGCGCUAAGCUAUUUUUGGAUUAUUCAAGACACGUGGAAAAUAUUUUUUUUUAAAGCUAGCAGCGAAUUGACUUUUAUGAUGCUGCAGAUCAGGGCAGCUAUAAUCUUUAAACCCAAUAAAAUAAAUUAAAAAAAUCUACAAUGCUCUUUUUAAGUGACACUACACAACUAUAAUAUAUUGUAUCCUAAACUAUAAUUUUAAAGGUGCUUGUUUAAUACAGUAAUAAUAAGAUAGGCAAAAUACGAAAUAUUUUCACUUACUAAUUUUAUAUAUAUAAUAUAUACAUAUUUAACAUAUUAGAAACUUAUUAUUUGACAGGAAUAUAUUCGGGGAAAACUUUGUGAUUCGCCAUCAAUUAAAUUAAAUAUUAUUCUAUUUUUGAAAUGUUGAUUGUUCUUUUUCGUGCCUGUCGAUUAAAAUGAAAUCAGGCGUAAACGUGAAAUAUUUAUUUAUUCUGUGACAUAUCUGUGCUCUGUUUUUUUUUAAUAUA